AUGCUAGGCAACAACAAUACGUCUAUUCAGCACGCUAUUGACGUGGUUAACGGCCCAAAUCCGCCAGAUUUCAUGCUCACAUUCAACAAGCCCGACAACCUUUAUGGCUCGAAUCCGAGAAAAGUCAUAUUGCAACCUGAAGAAGCCGCCAAUCUUAUUAAACCAUUGUUGCACAAACGCGGAAACCAUACAAAAUUCAUCGCACCCGUGCCGGCCUUCGGAAAGCUCACCUGGCUUCCUGAGUUCUAUGGUAACUGCAGUUGCCAAGACUUCUUCUCAGCAUACAACAUCCAUAUCUAUAACAAAACCGUCGAAGAAGCCAAAGAUCGAAUCAACGCUUUCCACCAGAAGUGGAACGACAAGCCUUUGUGGAUUACCGAGAUCGCACCGGGGCCACACGGGAGCAUGUCCGAAUCCCAUUCCCUGCGACCACACCACCAAGUUCAUGCAAAAAAUCUACGCCUGGGGGCAGAAAACUGA